CUCCCUUCAGGCCGCACUGCGCAACUGCAGCAUCUUCAGCCGAAGUGAUGAUGGAUAGCGGAUCGCCUUUAGCCCCACAAGACUCCUUUACCCACACUCGAGCCUUUCCAACAAGUCUUAUUUAGAGUGACUCAUUGCCGACAGGACAGGGCAUGUGUGUGUUUUGGUGCAGUUAGGAGGAGAUGACUGAGUCAGUCCCCACCGUGCCGUGUUCAUCACCAUGGGGCCAGAUGUGCCCCUGCUCAAUGACUACAAGCAGGAGUUCUUCUGGAAACGCUUCCCACAGACUGUCUUGGGCGGGCCGAGGUUGAAACUUGGUUACUGUGCUCCACCGUAUGUGUAUGUGCACCAGCUGGUAUUAUUCUUGACCCCAUGGCUUUUGGGAGGCAUUGGGACGGCCCUGUACCAGCUGAGGGUGCUGGACGACGCCCGGGCGGGUGUUGUUUCCGGAAUGCUCAUGCUGGGUGUUGGCGGCACCCUACAGGGACUGGCACGGUGUAUGGCACGUAGGACAGGGGUGGUACAAAGACUGCCAUCUGCUAAUAACAUCCUUGCAGAUGAGGAGGAGGUUGAGUUUACACACUGCGUGGCUCCUGAGACGGUACAGUUUGUGGUGCCGGGGAAGAGGUUUAUGGGUAAUGUAGUUCUCCAUACAUUGCUUUCCGGAGCACUGUGCGGGUUGUCCACCUGGUAUUUGUUACCGGAUAGACUGGGCAGCUUGUAUGGGCACACAGGAAUGGGACUGGGUGCUAUUGUGCCACUGUUUGCUUUGAGCUGGUUGACUGUAUGUAUCGCAGAGUACUCGCUUGUUGUUAAUACCGCUACAGAAACGGCCACGUUUCAGCCACAGGACACAUAUGAGAUCACACCACUCACCAGACCCCUCUACGUACUUGCCUUCAUUGCAGUGGAUCUGGCUUUAAGUUUUGUAGGUUCUGCCGUGGUGGAACUGCAGGUUGCAGCUCAGGUGCUUCAUGCAUUGUUUGUGGGAUUGCCGGUGCUUUGGGCUUUGGGAAUGCUCUCUCCAUUGGAUGCACUUCUGCUGUGGGCCAUGGAACAGACUUUGGUGCAUGGCCUAGGGGGCUCAGCCAUGUCCACCAACAUCAGGCUGCUGGUCAUGUUUCUGUCAUCUGUCUGUGUUGUCGUCUGCACAUUUUUUAUUCCCUCCUCCUUGGGUGUGGUCAUCUUCACCGUUGCCAUGGGUUACCUACUGAGCCAGGAUCUAAGCCAGCUGCUAGUGCUAGUAAAGGGCGGCUCUUCAACCUUGGGUCUGGGCUGGUGGGGACUGCCUCUUUCCCUACUGCUCCUAAUAGCAGCCUUGACAGAAGCAGGACUCCUUCAUCAGCUGUACUCCAACUCAGGGAACCAAACACUAAGUGUGAUCUCAAUAGAGAACUGGGGGUCUUCUGAGGUACCUCCAAGCCCGCAGGGGGUGAUAGGCUUGCUCCUUAUUUCGUUGUUUGUCAUCAUUCGUCUGCUUAGAGAGAUACAGGGUGCAUGUGUGCUCGGAGGAGUCAUGCUUAACCCACUCUUUCCCAAAAGGGUCACGACAGCUCAAGCUUUUAGGAGGAAGACACGUGGCCUACGUGUUGCAGGGAUAAUAAGGAGGAUGUUGUUAAACCUGGUUAGUCCUUUGGCGAUGAUUGCGUUUUUGUCUGUGGAUGAGUCUCUUCAGAAGCUACACACGGUCUCACUUGCAAUUGGCUUCACUCGAGCAUUCAGAGUGGUGUGGCAGAGCUCUGAGGCUGCCCUGCUACAGAUGGUGUUGGUGGUGAUCAUCAGGUUUGCUGGAGGGGACAGAGCAGUGUGCUGGCAUGAGUUGGGCACUGCAGUGCAACUUAUUCUGGUCUCUCUGAUCAUAAAUCGUGUGUCUCAGUUUGUGUGUAAGCUGAGUUUCGCUCUUACGGUGUUGAUCACAUCCUGGACAGAAAGUAAACAGCGCCGUCAGUCUGCAGGCACUCUUGUGGCCCUCAACGCUGCUUUGUGCCCACUGCUGUUGGGUGUGGUGGCCCUUUCUGCCCUUCUUUCUGCCCCUCUGCUCCCUCUCUUCACGUUACCCAUCUUCUUGGUGGGGUUCCCCAGGCCUCUGCGCUCUUGGCCAGGCACUCCGGGCACGGCCUGCCCUUGCCCAGACUCUGUCUAUUACCAGCAGCUCUGCAAAAGACUGGCAUCCGCUAUAAGGCCAGCACUUGCUAAUGGCACAUUUGGUUCCUGUUCUCCUGGGACUCAUUACCUUGGCCGCUUUCAAGGUCGACUUUUGUGGAUAUCAGUUCUAGAGAGAGGCUACGGCUACUGCACCGUCAACAUCAAGGGUUUAGAACUACAGGAAACAUCAUGCCACACCAUAGAGGCUCGGCGCGUUGAUGAAGUUUUUGAAGGAGCUUUCGAUCACGUGGAGCGUCCUGGUCAGUGUUUCCGACUGUUGAACCCUCACUGGGGUAAUGCUCUAACGCCAUGCUCCUUAUUACCCGUCAGGGUCUACUCAGAUGCCCAGAAUGUUCUAACAGGCAUCAUCGACUCUCCAGACCACCUUCGUCAGCUAAACUCUGACUUUCUCAAAACACUUGUUUGGAUUUUGUUACGUUACUGUGUACAGGAAGUGACUUCUGGUACUCGUCGAAUGAAAGGUCAGUCUCUACAGACCUCUGAACGCAAGUCACAGAGCUCCCAGCAUGGCACGGCACGGAUCUCCGAGCCAGGUCCGGCUGUGGUUAAAGUUGGAAUUGACUCUCAAGUGCGUCCCGAGUCCUCUUCCUCCUCUUAUUUUAGGGGGCAGGAUAGUUCCAGCAUAUCAUCCUUUGCCGAUUGGUCAGAUGAGGACGAUCUGUUUGGUCCUAUGCCUGUGCGGAGGCCAAUAAGAAUGAUGGUACGGACAGAUGAAAUGCAGGCAGAGUUGGGACUGGGAGUGUCUUUGCCAGGUUCUGUAGAAAUCCACAGCUUAUAUGAGAGCAUGGCACUAUCCUCUCUCCCCACCCUCAGGCCGCUGGGCCUGGGUCUCGGCCUGCCGACUGUGGAUAAAGGAAAGGAUAACAAUCCUCCUCUCACUUCAACCACCAUCCCGUGCAACUCCCAGCCUCUCCAUUUUACCAGCCCUCACUCCGAACUCUUCUCUUUACCUACAAACUGGCGGACCGCCCCCUUACCUUCCUCUAAGCUCCGGGUUCUGCAACCUUGCUUCCCAGAGGCCUGGUUCUUCUUCUGUUUGUCCCAGUUAGUGGUUGAGAGCUUUGGGGAAGGAGACUUUGAACGGGUGACGCAGGGUUUGCAGGAGGACCGUGCCCUACGGGAGCUGUAUUCCCAGGUGGUUCUGUCGUGUUGUGUGGCGCUGGGGGCAGACGUUCAGGUGUUCAGUCCCAAUCUGCUCUUCAGGCUGUACUGUGGGGACGGCCCGUGGACAGAGGGACUUGAGUGGCUACGAACCAAUAAAGAGCUGCAUCAGCUCACACUCAGGGCUUUUAGGUACAGUGUAAAGUUGUUGGUAGAUCAGGCAUCUCUUGGUCCAGUAGAGAGUCUGGAUGAGCUGUACACGACUUUACAGGAUUACCAUGACAACUGGUUCAUCGGCCUCGUAACAGACCGAAGUUGGCAAGACAGUGUUGUACAGGAGAAGCCCUUCCUAUUCUCUCUUGGACACAACCUCACCAUGGGCACGUAUACAAGCCGCGUGUUGUCUCUGCAGGAUAAUCUGGUCCAGAUGGGAGUUUUGAAUGAGGAAGGUGUGAGGGGCCAGUGGGCCAACCUGUCCUGGGAACUACUGUAUGCUACUAAUGACGACGAGGAGCGGUACAGCAUACAGGCGCAUCCCGUGAUUAUGAGGAACCUAACCGUUCAGGCAGCUGAUCCACCUCUGGGAUACCCCAUCUACUCAUCCCCACCCAUCCACCUGCGCUGCUUAUGAUAGUACCUUACCUGCACACCCGUCAUUUGUUCACCUUCACCUAACCUGAGAUCAACGUGUGAACAGGUGCCAGCCAGUACUGGAACUCCACACUUUCAGUUUUUCAGUUGACCUCAGAUGCAUUUAAUUUCUUUUUUGUACAGGGUACAUUAAUUAUUAAAUGAAAUAUUAAGUAUUUAAAUGACAGAACCUACUAUAGUGACAUUGUCUUCUGAAAUAAAUGCACGGUUUAAUGGAGGUCAGAAGAUGAAAUACGUACUGUGAUUUUAACAAACCUGUGCACCUGAACUCGCUGUUAAUUGGUGAAGACUCUUCACAUUUAUAACAGGCUUAUUCAGACAAAGAGCCUGAAUUUAUUAUUUUCUCUGGAAAAUGUACCCUAUUAUCUGAACAACAGACCAAGAGAAGUAUGAACUUCUGGAUGUCCUUGACUAAAUCUAACCUCAAAUUGAGCUUCCAUUUUAUGUUAAUUUAUUUUUUUAAAGCAUCUGUACGCUUAUCAAGAGCCCUAAAAAGGAGAAUAUUAAAAAUGUUGUCCUUUUUUGAACCCGUUUGUCAAAUCUAAAGUAUGUGCCUUGGUUAUGUUUUUGAAUGAUCUUUUUUUACUUUGAGAUUUGAGCACCAGAUGUAAAGGAUCUCCAGGUGUUUUUGUUCAUUCUACUUUGUAUAGUUGUGUAAAUGUAUGAAUAGGUGAAAUACAGAUGUUUUGUAUA